UGUGAUUUACCGAGACAAAAAAAAGAAGAAUACUUUGUCAUUUUAUCAUUUCAUAUAUCUAUUUGCAACAAUAAAACGCCACAAAUUUGCUGCAAGAGAGGCUUUUGUAAUUUAUUAUUAGAUCCUUCCCCACGUUACCGCCAGCCUUACCCUCAAAGCCAUGGAUUUCGCAUCGUUUGCAAAGCCAACGAAUUCGGAUGCAAACAGCCCAACUACGGAUGACUCCAAGACAGAAGAAUUACAUUUCUGGAAGCAUGUCGAAUAUAUUGAGAAUCAUGGUAAAGAUCAGGAUGACUAUGAGUACUGUAUGACGGAAUUUUUACGCAUGUCUGGAAUAUAUUGGGGCGUCACGGCGCUAGACAUUAUGAAUCAAUUGGAACGCCUUGACCGAAACUCCAUAAUUGAGUUUAUUAAACGCUGCCAGUGUCCGACGACAGGUGGUUUUGCGCCGUGUGAAGGUCACGACCCCCAUAUACUAUACACUUUAUCUGCAGUGCAGAUAUUGUGUAUUUACGAUGCCUUAGAACAAAUUGACUGCGAGGCCGUAGUUAAAUAUGUGAUGUCACUGCAACAGCAUGAUGGCAGUUUCUUUGGUGAUCGUUGGGGUGAAGUAGAUACGAGAUUUUCAUUUUGUGCUGUUGCCAUAUUGACGCUGUUGAAAAAAGAUUUGGCCACAACAAUUGACGUCGAGAAGGCAGUACAGUUUGUUAUGUCGUGUUGCAAUCAAACUGAUGGAGGUUUCGGUUCUAAGCCAGGGGCUGAAUCGCAUGCGGGUCUUAUUUAUUGUUGUGUGGGAUUUUUGUCGUUGACACAUCGUUUACAUCUCUUGGAUGUGGAUAAAUUGGGCUGGUGGCUGUGUGAACGUCAAUUACCCUCAGGUGGCCUUAAUGGACGUCCUGAAAAGUUGCCCGACGUCUGUUACUCGUGGUGGGUGCUAGCCUCGCUUACAAUUAUGGGACGUCUCCAUUGGAUAAGUGCCGAUAAACUCAAACAAUUUAUACUAUCUUGCCAAGAUAACGAAACGGGAGGUUUUGCCGAUCGCACGGGCAAUUUACCAGAUAUAUUCCAUACACUGUUCGGCAUUGGCGCCCUUUCCUUGUUGGGAUUUGAGGGCCUAAAAGCGAUUAAUGCCACUCUAUGUAUGCCACAAUAUGUUAUGGAUCGCCUAGAAAUUAAACCACAAAUAUUGGAGAGGCCUUAAGAUUGUGGAAAGUAGUCUCCAAGUGUUACCUUUCGACACGACAAAAGACCCAAAAAUAAGAAAGCUUUAUUUUGAAGUGUAAUGAAACUCGAUUGCAAAAAUAACAGAAAAAUAGUUUUCUUCUAUAAAAAAACACGCUCACUCUAUCUCAACUUGGUGCACCAAACUUUUCAAACGUUUUCCUGAAUAUUUGCAUUUUUUCUCUCUCUCUUCUCUACGAAAACGAUAGAUGACUAAAGCUUUCCCCUUUUCUAUUUUAUACUACUUUUCGAAGGGACGGCAAAGAACGCAAGUCAAUAUAUUUUUCUCUGAAUUCUAAUGGUAUAUAGAAUAUAUAGUCAAUCAUGGAUAUGUACAAUUGUUAUGUUUAAAAUUCAAUUUCAUGGUAUUAACGACCGUUCUCCAGGCCCUAUCUUAUUUAUUUAAAUCUUUACUAUUUUUGUCUCUAUUUUCUUCCUUUUUGUAUUUUGUAAACUUUUAUAGACAAUUUGUUAUUAUACUAUUUUAUUGUAUACACACACACUCACAAAAAAUAUAAGAAAAAAAGAACAUAUAUUAGCUUUAUUAUUUUUGCAUUUACGUACAUAAGUCUAAAACAAAACUAGUAAAGGAACAAACAAAGAAUAAGUUAUUUAAAUUAUAACUUCUUUAGUAUAACAAAAAAGAAUACGAAAUAAAAUAAUAAUUUUAUAAUACCAAAA